CAGAGACACCCCAGCUCCACAGCUGCAGCUGUCACCCCGGUACAGGCACAGGGAAGACCCUACAGUCUGCUGCCUCAUCUAGUUCAGAGCAAUGGAAUCAAAUGAUUUCUCUCGUGUGGACUCUGAGUUCAGGUACACCCUCUUCCCAAUUGCUUACAGCAUCAUCUUUGUGCUGGGGGUCAUUGCCAACAGUUACGUGCUGUGGGUCUUUGCCCGCCUGUACCCUUCUAAGAAACUCAGUGAGAUAAAGAUCUUCAUGGUGAACCUCACCUUGGCUGACCUGCUCUUCUUGGUCACCUUGCCCCUGUGGAUCAUCUACUAUCACAACCAGGGCAACUGGAUUCUCCCCAAAUUCCUGUGUAAUCUGGCUGGCUGUUUCUUCUUCAUCAACACCUACUGCUCUGUGGCCUUCCUGGGCGUCAUCACUUACAACCGCUUCCAGGCAGUGACACAGCCCAUCAAGACUGCCCAGGCCACGACCCGCAAGCGUGGUAUCACUUUGUCUGUGGUCAUCUGGGUGGCCAUUGUGGCUGCUGCGUCCUACUUCUUCUUCCUGGACUCCACCAACUUGGUACCCAGCAAAGACGGCACAGGCAACAUCACCCGCUGUUUUGAGCAUUAUGAGCCGAGGAGCAUUCCAGUCCUUGUCAUCCACAUCUUCCUUGUGUUCUGCUUCUUCCUCGUCUUCCUCAUCAUCCUCUUCUGCAACCUGGUCAUCAUCCGCAGGCUGCUCAAACAGCCUACGCGGCUGCGACAGAAUGUAGAGGUCAAGCGCAGGGCGCUGUGGAUGGUCUGCACAGUCUUGGCUGUGUUCAUCAUCUGCUUUGUGCCCCACCACAUGGUGCAGCUGCCCUGGACCCUGGCUGAGCUUGGCUUCCAGAACAACGACUUCCAUCAGGCUAUUAACGAUGCACACCAGGUCACCCUCUGCCUCCUUAGCACCAACUGUGUCUUAGACCCCAUCAUCUACUGUUUCCUCACCAAGAAAUUCCGUAGGCACCUCACUGAAAAGUUCUAUAGCAUGCGCAGCAGCCAGAAAUGUUCCCGGGCCACCUCAGAGACAGGCACGGAAGUGGUCAUGGGACUCAAAAAUUAGUCUCCCUGGUGGUUGGGGGCCAGACCAAAGGCUUCUCCUCCAUGGACAUCACAGACUAACCUGGGGAAAGAAGGGGGAUUUACUGUGGUCUGGACACCUCCCCUCUGGGCCCAGGUGGCCCAUCAGGAAUGGAGGUUACCUCACCAAGGCAGGGAUGAGCAGAGCCAGACUGCUGGAAAAUCCAUAACUUGCAGAUCCCCUUCAGCCACCAGUAGGAACAUAGCUUAAUAAACUUGGCUGGUGUCCUCACCUUGAGUCUGCUAGUUCUGGGAGGAAUGUCAGGGCCACCGGGCUAGGGGCAGGGCCUUUGAGUCACCCAGUCUGCCCCACCAGGGCAGCUGCCCCAAAUGAGUGUGACCUUAAGCUUUGGGCAACCACUCCCAAGUGAUCAAGGCAGGGGGGUGUGGGCUUAGGAAAAGGACUCUUUCCUGGCUUUGUGGCAGUACCUUUGGGGCAGACUCUUGAGCUCGGAUGGUGCCACCCAUAGGCACAAGGUCUUUGUGACACAUCUUAGGGGAAGUGACAGGUGGAACUUUCUCCCAACUUAAGCCAAUAACCCGUUCUGAGUGAUGGCUGAGCAGAGUAGAUAAAACGUACAUAGACCUGAAACUGAGAUGCGGAGUUUAUUGCCCAAGGCCGAUGUGUCUCUGCACAGGCUUCACGUCAGGCUUGGGUCAGCUCUGGGCGAGCAGGAGAAACACAACCACUGCAUCCAUUUGUCUCCACAGUAGACCCCAAGAAAGUACCUCCUGUGGGGCAGCUACUCCCCAUGGGUGGGCAAAUUUAAGCCACACAGGGCACCACCAUGUCCUGAGGCUUCCAUGGAAUGGCUACUUAGGCUGAGACAUGCCUGUGUGUAGGAGGGGCUGCCAGGCCCCUCCACCCUUGCCCUGCAUUCUGGGGACCCCUCCUAACUUAGCUUCCAGGAUAUGGGAGGAGCAGUCAGACACUUUGAAUUCUGGGUGCAGAAGAGAGGUGUCAGCUCCACUUGAGGCUCUCUAGAUGAUUUUCAGCAAAUGUAUUCAAGUGAGCCUUCUUGGAGCCGGAGUUUGGCAUCCACAGGGUGGAUUAGAAGCUUCAGACUGUGGGGCUUGGAUGAGCCUCCUUGGUCUGUUCUCCUAAGAAAACUUCCUCUGUUCCAGCCAGUGUCCCCAUAAAGAUAGGAUCCUUAUUUCCUGCCUACUGGGUAGAUUUUGAUAAAUGCCUCCCAACUG